CUUAACAUGAGCGCGGGCGCGUCAAUAUACACACAGAGAGGAGAGCAGCGCUUUGGGUAUAGUAGAAGGUGCUCUACAGCGAGAGAAAUCCGGGCAGGCGCAGACACCUUCACACUGAGCAGAGGUUUUUGCGGCGCAGUUUGUGUGGCGGCCGGGACCCGAUCUUUUAAAACCAUGCUGGAUUGACUGCAGAGAGGCAACUACAAUCAAUGGCUUGGCUUUGAAAUCGUUGAAAAUUUAUUGGAAAGGAGUGUGAGACAGAGCGACAGUGAGAGAGGGAGAGAAGCGAGGGAGAGAGCGAGAGAGUGGCGAGAGGGGUGGAAAUAAAGAUCCUUUUCAACGAUGGAGCUUACAAUGGAAAACAUUGGAAAUCUGCACGGUGUAUCUCACUCCCAUCAAACGAGCGACUUAAUGAACUCCCCGCACGCGCGCCAGUCGUCGGCGUCGCAUCGGAACUUGGUGUCGCACGGUCGGUCAGCCAUGGUGUCCAGCAUGGCCUCGAUACUGGAGGGAGCAGGGGACUACCGCACAGACCACGCUUUGUCUGGCCCCCUGCAUCCGGCAAUGACCAUGUCGUGCGACUCCGGGAUGAGCCUGAGCAGCACCUACACCACGCUGACGCCGCUGCAGCACCUGCCCCCCAUAUCCACCGUGUCGGAGAAAUUUCACCAUCCACACCCACAUGCUCACCAUCAUCCGGCGCACCAGCGACUCGCGGCCGGGAACGUCAGCGGCAGCUUCACCCUGAUGAGGGACGACCGAAGCCUCGCCUCCAUGAGCAACCUCUACGGCCACUACCCCAAAGACAUGUCCGGCAUGGGGCAGCCUCUAUCCCCUCUGUCUAAUGGUCUCGGGUCUUUGCACAGCUCCCAGCAGACUCUCAGCGCCUAUGGUCCUGGAGCUCACCUCUCCAACGACAAGAUGAUCUCCUCGGGGGGGUUCGAGUCCCACGCAGCCAUGCUGUCCCGGGGCGAGGAGCACCUGGCCCGGGGUCUCGGGGGCCACGGGGCCGGGCUCAUGACAUCCUUGAACGGCAUACACCAUCACAGCCAUCCGCACUCUCAGGCAAACGGGUCCAUGCUGUCAGACCGGGACAGGCAGACGGUGGUGGGAGGCGGGCAGGGAGGUGGGUCAGGGCAGGUGGAGGAGAUAAACACCAAGGAGGUGGCACAGCGAAUAACGGCAGAGCUCAAGCGCUACAGCAUCCCCCAGGCCAUCUUUGCUCAGAGGAUCUUGUGCCGGUCCCAGGGAACUCUGUCUGACCUGCUGCGGAAUCCUAAACCGUGGAGUAAACUCAAGUCUGGUCGGGAGACGUUCAGGAGGAUGUGGAAGUGGCUCCAGGAGCCCGAGUUCCAGCGGAUGUCGGCGCUCAGGCUUGCAGCCUGCAAGCGCAAAGAACAGGAGCAACACAAGGACCGCAACACGGCGCCCAAGAAACAGCGUCUGGUCUUCACUGACCUGCAGCGCCGCACACUCAUCGCCAUCUUCAAGGAGAACAAGCGUCCAUCCAAGGAAAUGCAGAUCACCAUCUCCCAGCAGCUCGGCCUGGAGCUCAGCACCGUCAGCAACUUCUUUAUGAAUGCGCGCCGCCGCUGCGUGGACCGCUGGCACGAUGACCAUGGUGCCAGCCCCGGGCAGCCGGGCACAUCCGCCACCACCUUCUCCAAGGCCUGAGAGGAGG